GAAUGGAGGCCCUGGAGGAGAAGGAGGAAGUGGAGCAACCGCCAGAAGAUGUGAUCUCUUUGCGUAUCAGUGAUUUCCUCGAUGAGUUGGAGCUAGAUGCAGAGGAAGCCUCUGUCAUAAGCCAUGAAACUGAAUUUGACUGGAGCACCAUUGACACAUCCAACUUACCAUCUUCGUACAAGACCAAUUCCCGGCAGGAGAAGAAGCUGCUGCAGCAGGCUGACCAUUUCUUGCAGCAGUACUCUCACCUGUGCCCUGACCGCAAGCCGCUCUUCAUCCACCCACUCAACGAGUGUGGAGUGCAGAAGUUUGUGAGCACAACGGUGAGGCCAACCCUGCUGCCUUACCCAGACAUGUACUACUGGUCAGGCUGUGCCAGCUUUGUCAGUAACUACCUCAUCAUGGAGCCCCUCAAGUGCCCAAUCACACCGCCCAGCUCACUCUAUUCCCCAACCACCAUUGUGAAGUACCAGCGAGGGAACUGCUUUGACUUCAGCGUGCUGCUGUGCUCCCUGCUGGUAGGGGCUGGCUAUGAUGCCUACUGUGUGCAUGGAUAUGCCACCCUGGAGAUGUGCUCCAUGGACCAGACCCAGGAGGUGUGCCCACGGCUCAAGAAGCCUCCAGAGGAACCAGUAAAGGAGGAUCCCAACAAGUAUAAAAUUAAGUACCCUUCAGAGCCAAAGAGCCAGUUUGAACUUCAGCAGAAGGCCAAGGAGGAGGAAGAAGCUAAACCCACACAAGAGGAGGAAAAAGAAGAGGAGGUGGUUGAGGAGGUGGAAAAGCCCAAGCGAGACUCUUUGCAUGGCCUACGGGUGCACGCCUGGGUUCUGGUUCUGUCUGGGAAGAGGAAGGUGCCCGAGACCUUCUUCAUCAACCCCUUCACAGGAAACAGCCACAGCACCAAGGAUGAGUGCUUCCUUGGCAUUGAGAGCAUCUGGAACGACAAGAACUACUGGGUGAACAUGCAGGACUGCCGCAACGGCUGCAAGGAUCUCAGCUUUGACUUGAGUAAUCAUUUCUACUGGGAAAUUAUGUUUCCAGAGAGCAACGAGGACUCUCAGUUGCCCACAGAGUCACCCAAGGACAGCACAGAUGACAUGCAAGAAAAGAAGAAAAUAGGCAGUACCUUUGAGAUGCCACUCUCAUGGGUAGAGCGAAUUAAGGUAUCUUGCCAAGAAUAUGAGAAUCCCUUUCCCCGGGGGAAGAAGGUGAUCCUGUACGACAAAGCAAAGCAGGAGAAAUGGGCGGCGUAUGCAAAUAGAGACGGGCUGGUGGAACGCCUCACUGUCUACGCCGACUCUGACCGUACUGAAGAACUGGAGGUGAAGGAAUGGUUCGAACACCGAAAAGACCUGCUGUAUAUGAGAGAAGUGAACCAUCAAACACAGCUGAUCACAGACCAUUUUAAUCCUGGACACCCUCUCCUUCUUAAAGCUCACACCUACACAUCACUGGAACCUGAGACUGGGCACACAGUGGAGUUUUACCACAAAGCACGAGUUGAUGGCCUCUGGAAACGUUCUGAAACUGCUACAGAGAUGACAGAGUACUUCGAGGAGCGGGAGGACCUCCUGCACAAGCGGCACAUAAAGUUUGGUGAAAGAGAGCAGGGGAUGGAAAUGGCUGGCACAGCUGAGGCAAACGCCCGGCCCAUAGUGCAAAUCAGGGAGUAUUUCCACAGAAAUCCAAAAAAGCCUGCUGAUGAAGAUGUAGAGGAACGUGUCUUUAAGGUCAUAGAUGAUGUCAUCCAGCUGACCUAUCACCUGGAGAUCUAUGACAUCAUUCCCUCAAAGGUGGUUUUCGCUAGAGUAAUAGGGAGGGAGAAGAGAGAAGGUGAAGUCUUCCUGAGCAGAGAAAACACUGUCAAAUACCAGCCCUGGUCCUCAGAGAAGCACAAGAACAUGCGCUAUCUCUACAACCUGCUGUGGGAGCUGAGGGCAGAACAGAAGGAUCUGAAGCAGCUGGUGCGGGACUCUGAAGCAGAGAUGUUAAAUAUUUUGGCGGUCCGGGAGAACGAAGAAGCCAAUAUAAAACUGGCAGUUUCAAUAUACAGCACUGCACAGAGAGAUCAGCGUAUAGCCUCGAUUUUGGAAGCGGAGGAGAGGAGCUCCCAGAAUUCCUUGGAGAAGAAGAGUCAGCAAACGGGAGAGGAGGAUGAAUCCGUCACCCAGCACACUGCAACCAACUCCACGACCUGAAGUGGAGCCUCUGCAGGGGCUGGGAAUGACUGCCUGAGCAGGGCGGGUUUACAACUCAGCCUCCUGGCAACCUGGAACAGAAGCUACUCUGUGAAAUGCUUUGAUCCACACCCCACUGCAGUUUCCCUCUGAUUUCCCCCUUCUUGUUCUAAGAAAAAGCAGUUGGCACAAUAGAAAAAACCAUUCUCCCAAAGAGGUGCUGCUCAGGAAUCCUCACCUGGCUGGGCACCUCGGGCGUUACUGAUUUCUUCUUUCCUUUUUUGGAGUUGCCUACUGUAAACUUUUCAGUAUUAUCAGAUUUGCAGACAUUUUAAUAAAUUUACACCAUUCUGCA